UGGUUUGAGACGUCUUGGUUUCACAAUCUUGGAACUUGUUGACAUUGAAAAAAAUGGAGGCAGUACCGAGGCUGCCUAUGUUAAGCUUUGAGCUUAAACCUAGUGCAGAAAACGUCGAAUUUGGUCCAAAACUUAGACAGUACAUUCGUGAUCAUUACAAUGAAGACCCAGAUAACUACAGCACAGAAAUCCACGAGCUGGAAGGACUGCGUGCAGGAGCCAUCCAUGCUCCAAGAGAUUUCACUGGUUGCUCAACUUUGAAACGUUACUACUGCCAACUGCAUUUCUUACUCUCACGUUUCCCUCUGACAGAAAAUUCUUCCCUGGCUAUAACAUUUAAUUGGUAUGACAUUUAUUCAAGCCUAUCUUAUAGUGUAACUGACAUCAAAUAUGAAAUGGCUUGCAUUCUCUACAAUAUUGGGGCUCUUCAUACUGAUUUAGGUGCCAUGGAUGCCAGAAAUACCCCUGAUGGCAUGAAGAUCAGCUGUACUCAUUUUCAGUGUGCUGCAUGGGCAUUUCAGCUAAGGUUGCAAUGCAAGUUGUGGAAUAUUUAAAAACUGCCAUGAAAAAUCUAGGUUCUGCAAAGUCGACAGAUGCUGUCAUAACAGAGAUUGUUGGCAGCAAAAAACUCAAGAUGUGGAGAAAAUAUUGUGAAUUCAAGAUAUCAUAUUAUGGAGCAGUUGCACUUUUAUAUCAAGGAAUGCAGGCUGAAGAGCAGCAGAAGAUGGGUGAACGACUUGCAUAUUAUCAAGCUGCUGUGGAUAUGUUGAACGAAGCAUCGAAACUCUCAAAGAAUUUGGAAAAGCAGGAGGAUGAGAUGAACAGGCUCAACAAGGCUGCUCAGUGCAUGAAUGAGACUGAUGCUGUUGAGCUAAUUGCAGAGAGUUUGACCUUUUCCAAUGAUGUGAUGAGUGGAAAACUUACCGCUGCCCAGAAAGAAAAUGAAUUUGUAUACCAUGAAAAGGUACCUCCAGUAUCAUCUCUAGCUGAGGUCAAGGGAGCCUCAUUAGUGAAGGGAAUUCCUUUCAGUGUGAAUGACCCAGAGGUAGCAGGUCAAGACAUCUUUAGUAAAUUAGUUCCUAUGGAGGCUCACCAACAUUCUUCUAUGUACAGUGAAGAAAAAGCAAAACUUUUGAGACGCAUCUGUGGUGAAAUUCAAGAGAAGAAUGAAGAGUUGGAGACUUACUUAGCUUCUAUGCAGUUAGAUUCAUUGUCCCUAGAUGACAACUCAGAUGCUUUACCUCAGGAACUGGUGGAAUGCUGUGCAGAUCUGAGUGCUAGCAGUGGUGUCCGAAAAUUGUCAGAUAUCAUGAAUAAGAUAUCCAAUUUCUACCAUGACAUUGAUGCCCAACUGAAAACUAUACAUAGUUUAAUUGAGGAGGAGGAACAGAAGGAAAAAGAGUUUCUAACAAUGAUGGGUAAAAGGGCACCUAAUAUGAUUCUGGGAGAGAUGAAGCGAGAGGCAAACAAGUAUAGAGAGGCACAUCAGAGUGCGCAGGAUAAUAAUACAGCUCUUCAUCGAGCCAUCACAAAUCACAUGCCAAAUCUACAGACCCUAUCCAAGCCUCUGGAUCAAAUAUUGGCCUCAGUCCCAUCUACUGCUGAAGUAGAAGCUCAAGCAGACCCAGCCGCCAAGCAGGAAGUGAAACGUUUGCUUGGGAAAGUGAGUGAAAUGCAAGCCCAGCGUGCCAGAUGGGAAGAUCAGCUGAGAAGAGAUCUCCAUGAAGAUGAUGUCACAAAACAGUUAGUCACAAACCAAGAGGACAUGGAAGAAUUCUUCAAGAAUGAAUUAAAGAAGCAUGAUAAACUUGUAAUUCCUCUUCAGCAAAACAUGGCUGCUCAGAAUAACAUACUUCAAGCACUGUCAGAAACCAAUGCUGCUUAUGCCACAACUCGUCGUCUUACUAAUCAGAUUCAGGCACAGCGAACAGAAGUGAUAUCUUCACUUCUGGCUUCUUAUGAUGCUUAUCUUAAUAUUUUAAAGAAAGCUGAGGAUGCUCAGGAAUUUUAUCACAAGUUAGAGGGUCAAGUUAACAAACUUUCUGCCCGUGUAAAGUCAGUGUGUCGUGUACAAGAUGAAGAACGAGAAGAAGUCCUUUCAGCAAAUGUCAAGAAGUUCACUGGGGGUGCAGCUUUACCCAAAGUUCCUGGUGCACCCAUAUUAUCCUCUGGUCAGUCCUCUGCCAUGGACCCAACUAGUUCCAGCAGUACAAGUGGACCCAAAUUAAAAGACUACUUGCAACAUAUGAAAGGAGGUGGUGGUGCUAGUGUUGCGGGUGCUAUUUCAUCAGGCGUUAUGCCUGCUAGCAGUAACACUCCAUCUCAGAUGGGAAUGUCUGGUUAUGGCUAUACUGAUCCAAGUGCACCAUAUGCUAGUAAUAUGCGACCUGCUCCUUUAGGUUCAGAACAGGGAGAUGCUCUUGCCUCGUGUGCUGGUCAGUUGCCUGGAGGUUAUUCAUCAGGCUAUGGAAGUCAGACUGGGGCUUACCAACCAUCUGCACCUUCUCCAGCUCCAUCCCCAGCACCGCAGAGCUUAAGUUCACCUCACAAGUUGCCUAUUUCAGGUGGUCCAUAUGGAGCAUCUUCACAUUACUAUGCAUCACAGCAAAUGGGUUCUACAGCAUACCCAGCUGUUACAACAGCUGCCAGAUCUGCAAGUACCACCCAUCCUUCUACAGUAGCUGCCACUGCUCCAAGCACUACUACAUCACCAUCUUAUCCUUCAGUCUCGGGCCCUGUUACUCAGCCUUCAAGUCAGUAUAGUGCACACCAUUCCUAUUAUGGUUAUCAGGCAUCUUCCCAUACAACAUCAACCUUAUCUAGUAACAAUAAUUCCCAACUAAAGUUACCACUAGGUUCCCCAAGUCAUAGUGCUGGAACCACAGGACAACAGAACCCUUAUCAAGUACGUUAUAAUUAUGGAUCAAUACCUUCUCCAGUAGCUGGAAUGAAUUCUGCUUCAAGUGGUGCAGGUGGAGCUCAGUCAUCUUCAUCAGGAGAGAGAAGUAACUUAUCCCAAGGAUAUUAUAAUUAUUAUCAACAGGUAUCUACUGCUAGCAGUGUUGUCAGUAACAUUCCCACAACUCAGGCGAGCACAAGUUCUACUACACAGAUAGCUGUAACUCACCCAAGUUAUCCAUCAUCUGCAACAUCCACAAGUAGCCUUAGUAACACUCAAUAUUCAUACCAGUAUCCACGAACUCAAGCUGCAACAACUCCUGUUACUACUGUUAGUCAAGCAGCAACUAAUAUAACAGGAUACACCAGUCAGAAUGCUGAAGGGUAUUUGGGGCAACCUGGAUAUGCAAAUACAGCAGGAUCAUUCUAUUCUUCAAAUACUUCAACUGCACAGCCUGGUUACUCAAAUCCAGAAGCACCUGGGUAUUCUGGAUCUCUCACAAAUCAGACCGUGGGUACCUACAAUGGAGUUAGUUACCAGCCACAGCCUUCCACAACAACUCCCCAGGCUACAGGAGCUGCAACCUCUAAGUCAUCAGUUUAUCAUCCAUUAUCAACAACUGGACAGUGGAAUGCGUAUAGUGGAUAUUCUCCUAGUAGUAUCACAUCAUAUACCAACAGUCAAGCAGGCACAGCAGGAACAAAGACAAGUCAAAUGGGUGGAACUAAUGGGACCAAUUACUCAUAUCCAUAUAACCAUACAUCAUCUGUUGCCACCACUACCAAUACAGUAACAUCAGCUGGUAGUGGUACUAUUCAAGCUCAGGGAGUCUAUUCCUCUACGGGGGCCCAAGGUCAGGCUGGUGUCCAGUACCACCAAGGAACACAGUAUAAUCAGAAUUAUACACAGCAGCAGCAGUGGGCUCAAUACAGAACUCCACAGUCAUAUCAGCAGCCACAGAUGGGUGGUAGUCACUCUCGGCAGCAACAUCCUCAACAAUUACCGCAAGCUCACCCACAGCCACAGCAACUGCAGCAGCCAUCACAACAACCUCAGCAGCAACCUCAACACCCACCACAGCAGAUUCACCAACAGCAACCUCAGCUUCCACCACAACAACCUCAACAACAGCCACAGCAGCAAGUUCAGCAGCCUUAUACACAGCAGCCCCAUCAGCAAAAGCCACAGCAACCACAACAGUCGACUGGCAUCUCAAAUCUGGACCUGCUUUCUGGUAUUGAGCUAACAUCUCCUCCAGGCUCACAGUGGUCACCUUUAACUCCUCAGCCUGCAAGUGGUGGAGGGAGACCCUUAUCAGAUGCUAGUAAUAAUGCUGGGGGAGAAGCUAGCCCAGCUUUGCCUACACAUUCUGGUACUGCUCCUGAUGUGACUUCUACAGCAGCCUCUUCAAACCAGUUGCCGUGUAAUGUUGGGAACAACCUACCCAAUGUUGUAUCUAGUAAUACAGCUGUCACAAGCACUCCCUCAGAAACAUCUGGUGCUGUCUCCUCCAGCAUCCUAGACCUCACGGCUUUGGCUAAGCGAAAGCAGACAGUAGUAGACCCACUUUCAGAUGAUGAAACACUUCAGAGACUUGCAGGGGAAACUGAACGUUUGAGUAAACUUGUAGAGGGUCUGGAAAGAAAAUCUUUGAAUGGGCCUACAAAUCUUGACCUUAAAUGGAAGGAACUAUCAGAUGUAUUGGAAAAGGAAUGUGGUGAAUUAAAAGUAUCUGUGGCAAGGUGUUAUCCAUUGAAGAACCGAUUUGCUGAUAUCUUACCCUAUGAUCACACUCGUGUGAAGCUUCCAUCAGCUAGGGAUGAUUAUAUUAAUGCAUCACAUGUUCAGAUAAAGUCAACAGAUCAAAGUUUUCCUUUAAUAUUGACACAAGCUCCAAUGCCUGCAACAUUUAUAGACUUUUGGACCAUGGUAUGGGAACAACAAGUUGAGAUUAUUGUUUGCCUGAAUUCGGAGGCUGAGGUUAAAGGGCAGAUUUAUUGGCCAAGUGAUGUUGGAUCUAGUUGUGAGUAUGGUCAGAUAUCUGUAACACUACAUAGCAGUUGUGAAGGUGGCAGUCCUCUUUCUUGCCGACGGGUUCUUCACAUUACUCACAGAACCUCCAAGCUUACACGUGUGAUUAUUCAUAUGCAGUUCCUCGGGUGGCCACCAAGUGCAAUGCCUGAAAGUCCAGGGCCACUGUUGCAGUUUAUAGCCGAUGUUCACACUUUCCAGCGACAACAAAGGAAUAAACUACGUGAAGUUCUGGUUCAUUGUGUCCCAGGAUUAGGGAGGUCCACAGUUUUUACUGUUCUGUCUGCAUACAUGAGGGAACUUCUUGCUAGUGGUACUUUGAUCGACUUGACAACCUUGCUUUUAGAUCUUAACAAGCAAAGACGAGGUGGCAUCCAGGAUAAAGAUCACCUUCAUUUUGUCUUCUCUGCAGCUCUUUACUUUGCUCAAGAUGUUCUCAUGAAGCGUGGAAUCCUAACUAACAAGGCCACAUUUGAAGAAGGUCCACGGGAAAAAACUCAUGUUCGUCAUCCCUCAGCUGACCUGCUUUCUGCAUAUGAUUUUUCCCGUCUAAAAAGCAAACUUGGAUUAGAUCAAGAAAGUGGAAAGUCUGGAAGUGAUGAAGAACAUUCUCGUCGCAAUUCAUCAGCAUCUCUAGUGAGUAAUGGUUCUACAGGGUUUGAUCAGGCAUUGAAGGAUGGACAGAGAGAGGCAAGUAAAGAGUCUCUGGCAUCUGCUAACUCUCCAGGGUUAGCUGAUUCAGGCUGUGAUGCAUCAAGUGUUGAUGCUAACGACAUUGGUAGUGCCUUGGAAUCAGAAUCAAAUGGCUUGACAAGUAAACCCAUUGGGCUUCUAGAUCCAAGCCUCUCUUCAAUCUCUCCAAGUUUAGCAGCUAGUUUAGAUCCACAACAGUUCAAGAUUGAUCCACCAGUGCCUGCAAAGUUUAUGAAAAUUACAAAAGAAAGCUUUGAGAAUGUUUCUGGUGGGUCUCUAAAGCACUCUGAAGAUCCUAAUGAUCCAUUCAGUGGUCUUGAUCCACUUUGGUCACACAAGAAGUCAUAAUUUUUUCUUAGCUUUCCAUCCAUAUUACAUAUCUGCCAGACAUCCCAGAUUAUUUUAUCAUGCCUUGCCUUUGCUGGGAUAGUAUACCAUUGGUACUAGCUUAACAUUGUUUGAAGAGAAUGUCUUUGAAAGCUUCCAAAACAAUUUCUGCAGGUGUAUUUUUGGGUUUCCUUGUGUUUUCAAGUAGUGGUCAGUACUAUGUAAUUGGAGAGGACCGAUCCAAACAGGGAAGCACUUGUUAAUAGAAAUACAACAAUCAGGAAUUAAUAAACCCACAAAUUAAAUAAAGAAUUUCUUGAUAUUUUCAAUAUUUCAGAGAUUCAUUUCUUGAAAACACACUUUAUCAUUCAAAAGUGUGUGUGUGUGUGUUAGCACAGUUUAAGUUUUUACCUUAGCCAUAUUUUGCUAGUCCUCAACUAUAUUUUGGUAGCUGUUAUAUAAAGGGCACUUUUGCAUUUCCUGCUCAGGCCUUAAAACUUUUUUGUUGAGAAAAAAGAGAAUCUUUUGCUCUUGACUUGUAUAUCCCAUUAUAUAUUAGGAAGAUUUCAUGUUAAUAUGCAGGAAAUGGGAAGUUUUACUUUUUACCAAUUAGUUUGCAUAUCAUUUGGUUUCUAGGUAAAAUUGUUUUAAAAUGUGAUGCAGAAUUUUGUCAUUAAUUGAUCUACUGUAAAGAUACUUUUGAAUACACCUUAAGGAAAUACUGAUGUGAUAAUAAAGUCAGUGUUACUGCUUAUUUAGAGAACUUUUGCCUUUACUUUGGGAUCAGGUUAGAAAAUUAGUUUUAUGAAAAAUAUUGAUAAAAAUAUGAAAAAUAUAAAAAUCAUUGGUGCUCAAUUAGUUGGUAUUGGAAUUAUUAGGCUCUGUAGUAGUUAGAAUAUAGUUGAAAUAUUUUGGUAUCUAACCACCUAUCAGCAUACUGUAAAACAGUUUUGUAUUACUUAUUUUCUAUGGGGAGUUGAGGUUCAGGUAUUAUGAGUAAAUGGCAUUGCUGCUUAUGGCAAACUGAAAUGAGUGUUAACUUGAAUUGUAUGCCACUUUAAAAGAAAAUGGGUAUUAUUCUAAGUUUUAUGUUGUACAGUAAGAAUGAAUGAAAUGGUGGUAAUUGAGAAGACUUAGAAAUGCUUGUUGUACUAGCAGAUUGGGUAUGAGUCUCUUUGGAGCAAGGGAAAGUAUUGUAAAAAGAUUUUGCUGUUUUCCCAGUAGGUUCAUUCAGUAAAUCUCAAUGGAAGAUUAAUGGCUUGCCAAACAUAGUGGCUGAUAUAGUUUCAUUAAGGUUUAUAAUCACUACCAAUUUGCAAAUUGAUUUUGAGGAAACAUUUAGGUCUCCUUAUCUUGUGAAAGCCAUUAUUUUUUGCAUUUAGGAGUGUAAGACAGCUGCCAGUGUUGAUUUGGCUGUUUAUAAGUCCUCAGUUUGACCUAUUUUGCAGACAAGCUUGUUUUGUACAUUUCUCUUAUAUGUUACCAUGCAAAAUGUUCACUAUAUUGAAGAAUUUAGGUAAAUUUUAAGAAUUCUGGUACAGUAUUGCAUAGCAUUUAUGGUUCACAUAGGAUAAGGAGCAUUUUUUUUUGUAGAUUAUACCUACAAUGCAGUACUUACAUGAUACCUGAUAAAGAUCUGAAGGUUCAGUUAAUUUUGGAUAAAAGAAGGCCCUCUUCUUGGAUAUAAACUGUUGUACUUUGUUGAAAAUACACUAAAAAUCUUUAGGCUUUAUGAGGACUAUAAUCUUCAUAAAACUAAAGGAUUUUAAAUGUAUUUAUAACAAUACACCAAAGUUUUUUAAGAAAAGGGUCAUAUUUUAUCCUCAGGAGAGAACAUGAUUGUUCUUCAUAGUCUUCAUUAUUAUUCUGUUGUUUAACCUGACCACUGAGCUAAUUUAUUUAGCUCUCCUGGGGCUGGCCAAAAGGAUUUAUUACUAUUAAUAAAGGUUAAAAUUUAUUUGAUUAAAUUACUGCUUUUUAAAAAUUUUAUAACUGGGCUUAUUGGAACUGAUGGAGAUUCCUACAAAUUUCUGUUUCCAAAGCUUGACAUUUGUUCCCUAUUAUACUUUGGACAUCUCCCGCCAUCUAAAAACAAUGUGUAACUUAGCUAGCAGUACUUUACAUUCUGCAUGUUCACUGCUUUAUGAUUUUGCAUUUUGUAAUUGGGAUUUAUGAAAACAUUGUUAAAUUGUUGUAAUUUCUUUGAAGUGACAUUUUUCAUAAAUUACUUACAUAUUCAAGUCAGUCUCAUUUGAAAUUAAUAUUUUCCACUUUUUAUUGAAUGAUGAAUAUAAAUUUAACAAGCUGCUAUGGUAAGCUCUGGAUUAAUCUUGGGUAUGUCAGUGUGUAUGCUGAUAUACCUCAAGUAAAAUGGUCUUUGCUCUGGGUAUCAUUAUACCAUGUGCUUGUGUAUAUGUAGUUGUGAUUAAGCACUGUGAUUAUUUAUAUGAACAUAAUGUUUGCUUCUGAAUAUUUACUUGACCAUAUUUGUAAGCUAAGGAAAGACAUAUACUAUCUUAUUUC